AUGUCUGUUAUCAGAGAUAUCGGACGCCUGCCCGAGAUGCUACUUGAUACGGCCUGGCACGAGCAAUAUCUCGGUUUCAAGUAUUCAUCUCAAGAAAUGGGUGCCUUGUUUCCUGGAAAGCCUCUCACGGCUCUUACGAGAUGCACCCUACCAACGAACAAUGUGUCGAUGCAACUGCGUUUGACUUCAACCCUGCAAGCACAAGCACAUGCGGCACACACACAGUCCAAAGCAGUCCCUAAUGCUUCCUCGUCACCUCUUUCCGCUUUACCAGCCCGUGUCUUGCUCAGAUCGUUGCUGGUUUCCACAGUAUCAUCGAAGAGAUACUUCCUCAUCCCCGCCCUUUCUGUUAUGUCCUUCCUCUCUAAGCCUAACCGAAUCUGGCUCUUUGAUGUGGAUCGGAAUCCUCUAUUGCAUAAAAUAUUGAAGAAGACGUUCUACGAUCAAUUCUGUGCUGGAGAGAAUAGCGCCGAAGUCAAAUCCACAAUGCAGGAAAUAAAAGAUAUGGGCUUCCGCGGCGUGAUCAUGACAUACGCCAAAGAAACUGUGUUUGAUCAUAAAACAAAUUCUCAGCAUGGGCUGGGGUUUGCGGCUUCGAAAAGUGAGCAUGGAGAUGUCUCCAUCGAUGCUCCGGUCCUGCAGUGUCCCAGCAUCGAAUCUUGGCGGGAAGGAACAGUCAAGACAGUUGAUAUGCUGGAGGGAGAAGAUUAUCUCGCAGUUAAAUUGACUGGUGCCGGGACCAAGGUCACUGAAGCCUUCGCCGCCGGAGAAUUGCCACCACAACAGAUGAUAGACGCACUGGACGAAAUCUGUACCAAGUGCAAAGCCAAGAACGUUCGUGUCGUCGUCGACGCCGAGUCCCAGCAUUUCCAAAAGGGCAUCCAUCGUAUUACCUUGGAUCUCAUGCGCAAAUAUAACCGCGACGGAUAUGCUUCCAUUUACAACACUUACCAAGCAUACCUGAAGAGCACACCAGCAAGGCUCAUGAAAGACCUUGCUUCAGCCAAAGAAGAGGGGUUCACGCUCGGCCUCAAGGUUGUGAGAGGUGCAUACAUGGCCUCUGAUGAACGGUCCUUGAUCCACGAUACAAAAGCAGAAACGGAUAACGCAUAUAACACAAUUGCCCAUGGGGCAUUGGUAAAGAAUAUUGGAGAAUUCGGCGACAAGGGAAGCCAACCUUUCCCAUCAGUGAACCUCUUCCUCGCAAGUCAUAAUAAAGAGAGUGUGGUGACUGCCCACGAGCUCCAUAAGCAGCGUGUCACUGCGGGUCUACCCACUAUCCCCGUGCGCUUUGCUCAACUUCAUGGCAUGUCUGAUGAGGUUAGCUUCUCUUUGCUUCAGAUGAAGGAUGGCGAUGGAACACCUGAGGUUUAUAAGUGCUCGACUUGGGGUGGUCUUGGUGAAUGUAUGGCAUAUCUUCUUCGCCGGGCAAUUGAGAACCGUGAUGCUGUUUUGCGGACGGAUAGUGAGUACCAGGCGUUGAAGUCGGAGACUUUCCGGAGAUUCAAGUCUGUGUUUUCUCUUUCCUCUAGGUAA